CCGGAGCCAAGAUGUGAGAAUGAAUGGACCCAUGGGAGCUGGAAAUUCAGUUAGGAUGGAAGCGGGAUUUCCCAUGGCAGGCGGUCCAGACCCUUGCUAAUUGAACUGCUCAAGGAUGUACUUCAGGAAGAAGAAAAUUGAACCUAAGAUGGAAGAAAUAAGAGCUAAGAAGGAAUGGAUUAAUAAGGAUGACCAGCCCUGCCACUGUUAUGAUACCCCAGGGUGGAAACGUGUCAUCUUCCAUGAUGGCACCAGGCCCCAAUUCAGAACUGCAGCCCAGGACUCCGCGCCCUGCUUCUCAGUCAGAUGCAAUGGAUCCACUCCUCUCUGGGCUCCAUAUACAGCAACAAAGUCAUCCCUCAGGAUCUUUAGCACCCCCGCACCACCCAAUGCAGCCUGUCCCUGUGAACAGACAAAUAAACCCAGCCAGUUUUCCCCAGCUGCAGCAGCAGCAGCAGCAGCAGCAGCAACAGCUGCAGGCAAGACCCCCACAGCAACAUCAGCAGCAACAGCCACAGGGAAUUCGACCCCAGUUUACUGCCCCAACUCAGGUGCCUGUUCCUCCAGGCUGGAACCAGCUGCCUUCCGGAGCCCUUCAGCCUCCUCCAGCCCAGAGUUCUCUGGGCACAAUGACUGCAAAUCAAGGGUGGAAGAAGGCUCCCUUGCCUGGCCCAAUGCAACAGCAGCUCCAGGCAAGACCAUCCUUAGCCACGGUACAGACACCUUCCCACCCUCCCCCUCCAUAUCCCUUUGGCAGCCAGCAAGCUUCACAAGCCCAUACAAACUUUCCUCAGAUGAGCAACCCAGGCCAGUUCACAGCUCCUCAGAUGAAGAGUUUGCAGGGAGGGCCCUCUAGGGUCCCGACCCCCCUGCAGCAGCCCCACCUCACCAACAAGUCUCCUGCCUCCUCACCCUCCUCCUUCCAGCAGGGAUCCCCUGCUUCCUCCCCAACGGUUAACCAAACUCAGCAGCAGAUGGGACCAAGGCCACCUCAAAAUAACCCACUUCCCCAGGGAUUUCAGCAGCCCGUCAGCUCUCCGGGUCGGAAUCCUAUGGUUCAACAGGGAAACGUGCCACCUAACUUCAUGGUGAUGCAGCAGCAACCACCAAAUCAGGGGCCACAGAGUUUACAUCCAGGCCUAGGAGGAAUGCCUAAACGCCUCCCACCUGGCUUCUCAGCAGGACAGGCCAAUCCGAACUUUAUGCAAGGUCAGGUGCCUUCGACCACAGCAACUACCCCUGGGAAUUCAGGAGCCCCUCAGCUGCAAGCGAAUCAAAAUGUCCAGCAUGCAGGUGGUCAAGGAGCUGGUCCUCCUCAAAACCAGAUGCAGGUGUCCCACGGGCCACCAAAUAUGAUGCAGCCCAGCCUCAUGGGAAUUCAUGGCAACAUGAACAACCAACAGGCUGGUAGUUCUGGGGUUCCUCAGGUGAACCUGGGCAACAUGCAAGGCCAGCCCCAACAGGGCCCACCAUCUCAACUGAUGAGCAUGCACCAGCAGAUCGUGCCCUCCCAGGGCCAGAUGGUCCAGCAACAAGGAACCUUGAACCCUCAGAACCCCAUGAUCCUUUCAAGGGCCCAGCUUAUGCCGCAGGGUCAGAUGAUGGUGAAUCCUCAGAGCCAAAAUCUUGGGCCCUCGCCCCAAAGGAUGACCCCACCCAAGCAGAUGCUUCCCCAGCAGGGCCCCCAAAUGAUGGCGCCACAUAACCAGAUGAUGGGGCCUCAGGGGCAAGUUUUGCUCCAACAGAAUCCAAUGAUAGAGCAGAUCAUGACCAAUCAGAUGCAGGGGAAUAAGCAACAGUUUAACACUCAGAACCAAUCUAAUGUCAUGCCGGGACCAGCACAAAUAAUGAGGGGACCAACGCCAAACUUGCAAGGAAACAUGGUGCAGUUUACAGGACCGAUGUCAGGACAGAUGCUGCCACAGCAAGGGCCCGUGAACAACAGUCCAUCUCAGGUUAUGGGGAUGCAGGGGCAGGUCUUGCGGCCACCAGGGCCAAGCCCCCACAUGGCCCAGCAGCAUGGUGAUCCUGCUACGACAGCAAAUAAUGAUGUCAGCUUGUCUCAGAUGAUGCCAGAUGUUAGCAUGCAGCAAAGCAACAUGGUCCCCCCCCACGUGCAGGCCAUGCAGGGGAACAGUGCCUCGGGAAACCACUUCUCGGGCCAUGGGAUGCCCUUCAAUGCACCUUUCAAUGGAGCACCCAAUGGAAAUCAAAUGUCCUGUGGUCAGAAUCCAGGCUUCCCAGUCAAUAAGGAUGUCACGCUGACAAGCCCGUUGUUGGUCAACUUGUUGCAGAGUGAUAUCUCUGCAGGCCAUUUUGGGGUAAACAAUAAGCAAAACAAUACCAACGCAAAUAAACCGAAGAAGAAGAAGCCCCCUCGGAAGAAGAAAAAUAGUCAGCAGGACCUAAACACCCCAGAUACUCGCCCAGCUGGUCUGGAGGAGGCUGAUCAACAGCCAUUGCCUGGAGAACAAGGAAUUAACUUGGACAGCUCAGGCCCUAAACUGCCAGAAUUUUCAAACCGACCACCAGGUUAUCCUUCUCAACCAGUUGAACAGAGGCCACUUCAGCAGCUGCCUCCUCAGCUCGUGCAGCAUGUGGCACCCCCAGCACAGCCGCCACCGCAGCAGCCGCAGCCACCUCCCAGUCAGCCACAGUCUCAGCAGCAGCAGCAGCAGCAGCAGCAGCAGCAGCAACAAAUGAUGAUGAUGCUCAUGAUGCAGCAGGACCCCAAAUCCGUUAGGCUUCCGGUCUCCCAGAAUGUCCACCCGCCCAGGGGCCCACUGAACCCAGACUCCCAGAGAAUGCCCAUGCAGCCGAGUGGCAGCGUGCCUGUUAUGGUCAGUCUGCAAGGCCCUGCCUCGGUGCCGCCGUCACCUGACAAGCAAAGACUGCCAAUGCCUGUGAAUACUCCUCUGGGAAGUGCUUCAAGGAAAAUGAUGUACCAGGAGAACCCCCAGAACCCUGCCAGCUCACCACUGGGGGAGAUGUCCUCGCUCCCAGAAGCAAGUGGCAGUGAAGGACCAUCUGUCUCAGGAGGCCCAAAUAACAUGCCUUCACAUUUAGUGGUCUCCCAGAAUCAGUUAAUGAUGACAGGGCCAAAACCUGGACCAUCACCACUUUCAGCAACUCAAGGUGCAACUCCCCAGCAACCUCCUGUAAAUUCCCUGCCCAGCUCUCAUGGACACCACUUUCCAAAUGUGGCUGCUCCCACCCAAACGUCUAGGCCUAAAACACCCAACAGAGCCAGCCCCAGACCCUAUUAUCCUCAGACACCCAACAACCGCCCUCCCAGCACGGAACCUUCAGAAAUCAGUCUGUCACCAGAAAGACUCAAUGCCUCCAUAGCAGGACUCUUCCCCCCACAGAUUAAUAUUCCUUUACCUCCCAGGCCAAAUUUAAACAGGGGCUUUGAUCAACAGGGCCUAAAUCCGACAACUUUGAAGGCUAUCGGGCAAGCGCCUUCAAACCUUACCAUGAAUAAUCCUUCCAAUUUUGCUGCGCCACAGACUCACAAAUUAGAUUCUGUGGUGGUGAAUUCUGGAAAGCAGUCUAAUUCUGGAGCACCAAAACGGGCAAGUCCAAGCAACAGCCGCAGGUCUAGUCCUGGGUCAAGUAGGAAAACCACCCCAAGUCCUGGGAGACAGAAUUCAAAAGCCCCUAAACUUACACUUGCCUCUCAAACAAAUGCAACAUUGUUGCAAAAUGUAGAGUUGCCAAGAAAUGUAUUGGUUAGUCCUACUCCUUUGCCCAAUCCGCCUGUACCUGGGAGCUUCCCUAACAACAGUGGGCUGAAUCCUCAGAAUCCUACCAUGCCUGUGGCCACAAUAGGGGGUGUUCUGGAGGAUAACAAGGAGAGCUUGAAUAUGCCACAGGACAGUGAUUGCCAAAAUUCCCAGGUUAGGAAGGAGCAGGCAAACAUUGAGCUAAAAGCAGUCCCUCCCCAAGAAGUGAAAAUGGUUGUCCCUGAAGAUCAAUCCAAAAAGGAUGGGCAGCCUUUGGAUCCUAACAAACCUCCCAGUGUUGAAGAGAACAAAAAUUUGGUGUCUCCUGCAAUGAGGGAAGCACCAACAUCGCUAAGUCAACUACUUGACAACUCUGGAGCUCCUAAUGUGACCAUUAAACCCCCCGGGCUUACAGAUCUGGAAGUAACACCUCCAGGAGUGUCUGGAGAGGACCCGAAAAAAGCAUCUGUCAUUCCCUCCCUGCAGGAUCCGUCUUCUAAAGAACCCUCCAGUUCCCUAAAUUUACCUCACAGUAACGAGCCGUGUUCAACCCUUGUGCAUCCAGAAUUGAGUGAGGUCAGUUCUAAUGUCACCCCGAGCAUCCCUCAGGUAAUGUCAAGACCGGUCAGCUCUUCCUCCAUUUCCACUCCUUUGCCCCCAAAUCAGAUAACUGUUUUUGUGACUUCCAAUCCCAUCACGACUUCAGCGAACACAUCAGCAGCUCUGCCAACUCACCUGCAGUCUGCAUUAAUGUCAACAGUUGUCACAAUGCCCAAUGUGGGUAACAAGGUUAUGGUUUCUGAGGGACAGUCAGCUGCUCAGUCAAAUGCCCGGCCUCAGUUCAUUACGCCUGUCUUUAUCAAUUCAUCCUCAAUAAUUCAGGUUAUGAAAGGAUCACAGCCAAGCACAAUUCCUGCAGCCCCACUGACAACCAACUCUGGCUUGAUGCCUCCCUCUGUUGCAGUCGUUGGCCCUUUACACAUACCUCAGAAUAUAAAGUUUUCUUCUGCUCCUGUGCUGCCUAAUGCCCCCACCAGUAGCCCUGCUGCAAACAUUCAGACAGGCCGACCCUUGGUCCUUAACUCACGAGCCGCCCCUGUUCAGCUUCCUUCCCCGCCUUGCACAACUUCUCCAGUUGUUCCUCCUCACCCCCCUGUCCAGCAAGUCAAAGAACUGAAUCCAGAUGAGACUAGCCCUCAGGUGAGCACCUCAGCAGAUCAAAGCACUCUGCCUUCUUCACAGACAGCCACGGUGGUUUCUCCCCUUUUGACCAAUAGUCCAGGAUCCUCUGUCAACCGGCGAAGCCCAGUCUCAUCUAGUAAGGGCAAAGGUAAAGUGGACAAAAUCGGCCAGAUUUUGCUGACCAAGGCAUGUAAAAAAGUUACAGGCUCCCUCGAGAAAGGGGAAGAGCAGUAUGGUGCCGAUGGAGAGACUGAAGGCCAGGGGCUAGAGACCCCAGCUCCAGGGCUCUUGGGAACGGAGCAGUUAUGCACGGAGCUGGACAGUAAAACCCCAACUCCCCCCGCGCCCACUCUGCUCAAAAUGACCUCUAGCCCUGUGGGCCCGGGCUCCGCCUCAGCAGGACCCAGCUUACCUGGCAGUACACUCCCCACCAAUGUACGCUCAAUAGUAACCGCUCUGGUACCCUCUGAACUCAUCUCCGCGGCGCCGACCACAAAAAGCAAUCAUGUUGGCAUAGCAUCUGAGCCACUUGCAGGUGGCCUAGUGGAGGAGAAGGUGGGAUCUCAUCCAGAGCUUCUGCCCAGCAUAGCUCCUUCACAGAGUUUAGUCCCAAAGGAAACUCCAGCCACAGCACUGCAGGGGUCUGCUCCCAGACCAGAACUCGAGGCAAACGCUGCCAUAGGCUCUGGACAAAGCAGUGAGCCCAAAGAGAUAAUUGAAAAGUCCAAAACUCCAAGCCGAAGAAACUCACGAACUGAAGAACCAGCUGUGGCUUCUGAAAGUGUGGAAAACGGACAUCGAAAGCGAUCCUCCCGGCCUGCUUCAGCCUCCAGCUCUACUAAAGACGUAACCAGUGCGGUGCAAUCCAAGCGAAGAAAAUCCAAGUAAACAAGCUGGACGACGACUUGAUAUUUGUAAAUGUGUGUGAAUUUUACAAAAAGCAAUUUUGAGCUGUGACUUUUUAAAAAUCCAUUUCUGUACAGUUAGUUAUUUUAAUAACGUGGUCCUUUUCCUAGUCCCUGCAGCCUGUUUCGUAAAGUGCAAUGGGGAAAGCAGUUGUUGAACCAUUUUGGUGUUGCAAGAUGAAGUUCAAGGUUUCUAAAAUGUUGCCGUGUAUUGAGAGGAGCUAACGCGAUUAUGUUAUUAGUUUUCACAUUUCCUAAGCAGCCUAGAGUACAGGGUGAGCAUUUUUAGAUCUCUAAUGAUGUAUUGUGCUGUGGAAGUACUGUGUGUGGAUAGCAGUAGUAGGGCAACAGGAAAUCUUCUCAUUUGGAAAUGUUGUAAAUAAUUUUAUUAUAUAGUGUUUUGGAUGUAUUUGUUGUAGAAAUGGACCAGUGAAUAAAGAGAAUCUAAGGGUUUGUACAAUGUGAAAUACUGAAUGUGUUAAAUAAAUGUCUUUUGUCCUAGAACA